AUGCAUGUUGAGACGUCCCAUAACUCUUUGCCACCUUCUGGACCAACCGCGCUCUGUGCCACAGAAAGCAAGGGUGAGAACGAGGGCUGGCUGGCUGGGUGGGGAAAAGGUGGGGGAGGAGUGGGGGCCGACGGAGUGGGAUGCAUGUUGAGACGUCCCAUAACUCUUUGCCACCUUCUGGACCAACCGCGCUCUGUGCCACAGAAAGCAAGGGUGAGUGGGGAAGAGCGGGUGUUGGGUGGGGAGGAGUUGGGGGGGAAAGAUGGGGGGAGAAGUGUGAUAGGACCUAUACGUGCUGGACCAACCGCGCUCUGUGCCACAGGAAGCAAGGCGUCUGGCUUCAGCGACUGGCUGCAGGUGAAGCAUGACUGUGUGAGGGCGAUAAGUGAGUUGUCUCCUCACUUCUCUAUCACCAUUCGCCCUCCUUCCAACCAUCUUACCCCUCACUCCUCCACCCUUCUUCCACUCUCCUUCCCCAGCGACUGGCUGCUGGUGGAGCAUGACUGUCUGAGGGCGAUCGAGCACGACAAGAAGUCAGUGAAGGCGCAUUUCUACCUGGGAACGGCCCUGACAGAACUCGCUCGCUACCCCGAGGCUGCCCAUGUGCUGGAAAGGGCAGUUGAGAUAAUCCGAGAUGACGAGGUGCUGGGCAGCAGCAGAGGGAACCUGAACGACGUGUGGAACGCAAUGGCCACUGCCAGGUACCGGCAGUGGGAGGUGGAAUCGUCGAUGCGAAAGAGAAAGCAGCAGCAGCUGAGGGCUUUCUUAGGGGACCUGCUGAAGGAGAAAUUGCAAGCAGACAUGGCUGCAAUCACAG